AUGAAAACAUCAGUAGGAUUUAUUAAAUCUAUCAUCUUAAAAUAAUCAUUAAGUCUUUGUAAUGAUGAUGCUUUUUAUCUUUAAUUUUAUUCUUUAACUUACAAUGGUUAUUAAUAUGAAUCUUUAAUCAAAAAGAAAUAAUAUGCAAAUUAUAAUGUAGAGAAACAGUGGAUUACUAGAAUUAUUUUUUUUCAAUAGUUAAUUGGCAAUAGAUAAUUGCCAAUAGAUUCUCAGUUUUAUCAGAAAUUUACUUUGGUGCUUUUUAUUUUGCAAAAUAUUGUUAAGAAUUAUUUUCCUAAAAAUAAAUGUAAAAUCUUAUUUUUGAAUUUUUAAAUUUUAGCAAAUAUCCUCUUUAGCUAAUUUCUACCUAUUUGUCUACCUGUAUUCAUUUUUGUUCUUUACUACUUAGAAAAAUAUCAUUAUUUGACUCGUUAUUAGAAAUAAAACGAGAACAAUUAUAAUUCCCAUAUAGUUAGUUGUACAAUUUCCUUUCUAUAUGAUCCUUUUAAAUUAAGUUACUAUUAUCUAAAAUAUUUUUUAAUGUUUUCUUAAUCGAAAAAAAGACCUACAAAAUACUUAACAAAAUGGUUAAUCUAUCAGUACCAAAGAUAUUAUUUGUUUUUGUAUUUAAAUUAUUCUAUUGAUAAUUGUUUACUUGAUUCAAAGAUUAUUUUUUUCAAAGCAUAGAGAAGAAUUAUAACAUCAUUAAAUUUUCAUUUAACUCAAUCUGAACUAGACCAAUUAAAAUAACUUGAUUCACACCAAUAAGUAAAUUUAUAACUAUUUUUAGGGUUUUCUGGCAAACAACUCAUUGAUUAAUUUAGGUCGAAUUAAUAACUUGAUUGAUCAACUGUGUGAAAAAUUGAUUGGAGAUGAAAAGUUACUGAUAAAGUAUGAAAAAUUCACCAUAAGAAUAAUUCUAGUAAUCUUUUUCUAUGGAGAUUUACAAUAAAUUAAAUAGAAGUAAAUUUUACUUAAAUUAAAUAAUCAAGAAACUUGA